AUGGCGGUGAAAGAGGGUGCGUGGAGUGAUGACCAGUCAGUUUUAUUGAUAGAGGAAUACAAAACAAGGGAAGUUUUAUGGAACCCUCAAAAUGAAAACUUUUAUACACAAAAUUUAAAGAAAGAUGCGUGGGACGAAAUCGGAAAUUUAUUGAAAAAAACAGCAGAAAAGUGCAAUAACAAAAUGACAAGUCUUCUCUCUUCUUACCGCCGUGAAAAAGGAAAGGAAAAAAAAUCCAAGGGGACUGGAAAAGGAGUCCAUUCAACGCUAGUCUCCAAAAACAAUGCCACCGAAGCCACGCAACAUGAGUUUACCCCUCCAGCACCACCAAAUGAGCAUGGUGUACAGGAAGCGAAACGAUCCAGAAGAGACGAAAACAAUGUUCUUACCGAUGUAGUGGGGAUAUUGAAAACAACUGCAUAG